GAACCCAGUUAGUCCUGUUCCUCAGUGCUCAGGCUGUCAGUAGGAUACUCCCCCUUUCUUCACUCAUAGUAAGUACAGGACGGUCUGCUCUGCUGAACGCUGCUCAAAAACUGGACUUCUCGACUGCAAAGGUUGAGAUAUUAAACUAAGGAGGCUAACGGACAAAGACUCGUCUAAGAGGAAAAGCAACAUCCCCUUGUCAUCAAUAUGGGGGCUGCAAUUUCACGAUGGAGGGCUAAACCUUCCACUGUGGAAACGUUGGAACGACUUGAAAAGGAAAUCCAGACUCUUGAAGACUACAGUGAGAAGUAUCAAAGGCAGUUAAAGAAAUGGAUUGGAGGAAUGCUGUUCUACUCGUCUCUGCUGUACUUGGCUACCCUCCUUGUUGUGUAUUUAUGGUACCUGCCUGAACAGUUAAUGGGGCAACUCAUAUUGGCUUCACUCUUUGUAUUAUUUCCAUUUUUAGUUUGGAUUCUUCGUAAGGCAGUUGUGUUUAUUUUUUCUCGAAGAACUGAGAAAAAUAAUGAAAAACUGGAAGAACUGAAGGAACAGAAAAAGAAAAUACUUGAGGAAGUUAUGGAAACUGAGACGUAUAAAAAUGCCAAAAUGAUUUUGGAAAGAUUUGAUCCUGAAUCCAAGAAACAAAAUGAACUGGAAUCCACUCCAGUCAGAUCCCAGUUGACUCCCAAACCAGGACAGGAGCUCCGUCAGCGGAUUGUCACUCCAAAGACCCCAACGGUGGUUCAGAGUCCUGCAGUCGGUUCUGCUACCCGGCCUCCCCUCCCCUCUGGAUCCGGCCGUUCUUCCCAUUCUGCUCCAGGUGGACCCCCAGAGAGGGGCCUGUCAGCAGUAGCUGCUCAGCAGAGUUUGAUGAGGAGGCCCAUGACCCCGGGAACACCUGUUCCAGGAAUCGGGAUGCACCCCCCAGGUCCACCCAUGGCUAGACCUAUACUCCCAAGGGAUAGGGGUGCAGUGGACAGAAUCAUUGAAUAUCUUGUUGGAGACGGCCCUCAGAACAGAUACGCUCUUGUAUGCCAGCAGUGUUCCUCCCAUAACGGCAUGGCAUUAAAAGAAGAAUUUGAAUACAUUGCCUUCCGAUGUGCAUAUUGUUACUUCUUUAAUCCUGCAAGAAAGACCAGACCUCAGGCUCCUAGACUCCCAGAGAUCACUGCUGAACCGAGGGUGCCGGUAGCUGAGGAGUGCUCAUCAUCCCCUGCUUCUGGUGAAGUGAACCAGCUGGAUUCAGGUGAUUCAGAAAAUCCCAAGCCUGCUGAUGCCCCUCUUGGAGCAGAUGCCCAGGAGCCAGGCACAGUAACAACCACCGAGCCUGGUUCUGCAUCAGAUGGCCAAAAUGCCCCAGAGCCCCAAGAACCACCUCCUGAGAAAUCUGAUGAUGAGCAGGAUAUUUCUGCUAUGGAAGUGGAAUAAAACGGCACUGUGGUAAUUUCAGCACUUCAGUCUGUAACAGGGUUUCUUUGAGGGAAUGAAAUAAGUCCGUUUACAAGUCAAUACCCUUGCAUAACAAAAAAAUGCAAUAAUUAUCCAGCUCUAAAUGUGGUUUUCAACCUGCUGAACUCCUUUGCUAAAACUGGCUUUUAAACUUGUAGCAGAAGUAUUGAACUAUCAAUUUACAUAAAAUAACAGUGAAGGAUUAUGCAAUAUGUUCUUUUCCAUGUUGUAUUUUAUGUUUUUGGUCAUUUUCUUAUUUUAAAUGUGUUCGAUUGAACUUUUGGCUUUUUUUUUUGUUUUGGUUAGCAGGACAUAGUACAAAGCAUGAGGUAUUUUGUGGAAAAAGUGUUAUUUAUGAUAUGAUGAUGUAUUUAUAGCCAAUUUUCUUUCGUGUCGCACUUGUUUACGGUGCUUAUUGGGGUAUGCUGCAGCUUAUAGGUGGUAAUAUGUUUACACAGGUAUGGUACCUUUUGACGCAAUGCACAUACAGAACAUUAAGUAUUUUUCAC